CCGGCCCGUAGAGAGAGUUGUUUACAGCGCUGGGAGCGGCAGCAUUUUAUUUUGAAGAAGGUUCCGGUUAUCAUUCGGCAAAAAAAUGGAGAACCACAAGAAAACAAUUCUGCUUUUUGAUGUAGAUGGGACGCUGACUGCAUCAAGACAGAUCAUCACAGCAGAAAUAAAAGAGUUCAUCAGCAGUGUGUGUGAAAAAUUCAGCUGCGGUUUGGUCGGCGGCUCGGACUGUGUCAAAAUCACUGAGCAGAUGGGCGGUCAAGAGUCGCUCGAUAGGAUGGGUUUCAUCUACGUGUUUUCCGAAAAUGGACUAGUGGCUUGCAAGCGUGGAAAAACAAUUGGGCUUAUGAACUUGGUAGAACACAUGGGUGAGGAGAAGCUACAAGCGUUGAUCAACUUUGCGCUAGGGUACUUUGCUAGCUUGAAGCUUCCUGCCAAAAGAGGAACGUUUGUUGAAUUCCGCAAAGGCAUGAUCAAUUUCUGUCCGGUUGGUAGAAGCUGUUCGCAAGCCGAACGCCAGCAAUUUUCUGAUCUCGAUCAGAAAGAACAUAUACGAGAAGAGAUGGUCAAACAUUUGCGAGAAAAGUUUGACGCUGAUGGCUGGGAGUUUUCAAUAGGUGGCCAAAUCAGUAUAGAUGCAUUCCCCAAGGGUUGGGACAAGAGAUACUGCCUACAGUACCUGGAGAAGGACUUCGACACAAUUCACUUCUUUGGUGAUAGGGUUUUAAAAGGCGGCAACGAUCAUGAGAUCUACAGUGAUCCACGGACCAUCGGCCAUCAAGUGAUGAACCCAGCAGACACCAAGAAACAAGUCCUUGAGCUACUGAGUGAGAACGGAGUUACACUUUAAUCUUAACCCCCUAAAUGACCCAAUACACUAAAAAUUGAUCAGACGCACAAUGAAGCCUAUUAUUUUUUUAACAUUCCAUGAAAUGAAAUCCUGGUUCAGGAAGCAAAAUAAUAUAGGUUUUCCUGGCUAUUUUAACAGAUUUUUCACUCAAAUUCACCAACUUUAUCAUUAAAUUUCGUCCACGAACAAUUUCACAGGCUUUUAACAAAACCAAUUUAGUCAUUUACCAUUUAGUUAGAAAGUUUGGUCACCCUCUUUAGUCACCGGGUCGAGAAUAUUCAUCAUUACAGAUCAAAUUGGUCUAAGCUGUUGCUGAAUGGCAGCAUUCAGAGAUAGAAUUCGUCAUAUAAAUCAAUUAGACGAAUUCAAUUUCUGAAAAACACGAUUCGGUGUAGAUAAUAUGAAAUCGAAUACUUCGGGACGAAAACGUGUGUUCAUUGUUUGAAUUUGUUUGGACUAAAUUUGAAAUUGUCUGACAAAAGAUGAAAUUUAACAUUGGAAGUGCACUAAAUUGAUGUUGCUGGACGAAUUUGAAUAUAUGAAUCGGUGAAUUUGAACGAAAAGUGUUUUAAAAAUAGCCUGGAAAGCCUAUAAAAGAGUCCGAAAUGUGCUGUUCAAGAGAGGUCUAUUGCUACAUGUAAUCCUAAAGAUGCUUCACAUGUGGCAGAGUAUAGCCCACGUAGGGUUCUAGAUACCAACAUGGGAAGCACCAGAAAUGAUUUAGACAGUAUUUUUUUGGACCUCAGAUUUGUUCAGGUUUCAAUUAUUUUUUAAGAUUGAUUUAUAUUGUAAUCUUCCAAUUGUAGUUUGUAACCUGUACAAUAUUUCCGAAAAGUAAAAAUGGUGUAUUUGUCAUAUAAACAGCAAUAUUAAGCGACCGGUGGUAUGUAAACAAUUUCAGUACAUGUAAAUAAAUGCUAAAUAAGUAUGAAAUCGUAUUUACUAUUUUAGAUACUGUUUUUAGUUAGUUAAAAUAAUUUUUUAAUCCAUUGUUUUGGUGCUGGUAAGAUUUAGAAGAGUUUAAUAUAAAAAUUAAAUUUCUAUAAUUUGCACCUUUUUUAGUGUUUACAUUUUUUAGUUUUAAAUUUGUAGUCAACAGCUGAAAGACUGCCAUGGAAAUUAUGAAUCGGGAAUUCGACCAGAUCUUUUUGUUCCAGUGUUAUUCAGUCCAUGGAAUGCUGUGGCUAUUUCCCUGAAAAGUGUGUAUCCACGUUCACCAUGGACUGUAUAGUUUUGAUUUGCUUAUAUUUGUAUCCAUAUAGUAGAUAUUUUAAUAAUCUUUUUUUUAUUUGAAAUUAUUUUGUUUUCUAAAAUUAUUUUUUUUCCCCAAAAAUUGUGGCAAUAUGACUUUGUACACCAGUUUAGACCAGCUAAAAAAAAAAAAAACUUGAUGGAAAUAUUUUUAGAAAUAUUUUUAUAUAAUCUUGGUUAUCCUUAAACUACACAUGUGAGCCUGUAUUAGUUAUAUUUCAGUCAGCCUAAUGCAUUUUUUUUUGUUAAUUGGUUAUUUUUCUUUGUAACUUUUCUGUGAAUUAAAAGUCUCUAAAUGUAAUCUU